UUCAAUGACCUACUAACACAGAUCUGUGAAUCACCGUCCAAGACGAAAAGACGAGCAGUCAAGCGCGGAUCGAUUAACUCACUGCAACUGGAUUUCACGUUAUGCAACUACAAACAAAACGUUGAGAUUUCGGUCAAGAUAAUGUUUGAUUGAAUAAAUGCAUACUGAUAUGGACAGCCAGAACUUCACCAUGGGGCGGCGUUUAUGAAAAGUAAGAAAGGGUAACUUAACUAGGUUUUUGAAGAUAGAAGUUUUCAUGGGGGAAAAAAAAGUGACAUCUUCAUACGAAUUACUUGUGAAGUUAAUUUAAACUGAUUUCAUUAAAAAAAUGCAAUCAAUCAAGAUGGAACCAUGUUCUGAUAGCCCAUGCAAUGGGGAGGGCAUCCUAGUUCUAGCAGGAGCUUCACAAAGACCUGACAUGGAGGCGAUUAGCCAAAAACUAUCCAAUGCGGCCUUCAAUGGCAAAAAUUCCUCCUCUCGCCGGAAAAGGGAAUUCAUUCCGGACAGAAAUAAAGAUGAACUGUACUGGGCAAGAAGACGGAAAAACAACGAGGCAGCCAAGAGGUCAAGGGAGAAGCGGCGAAUCAAUGACAUGGUCCUGGAGAAUAAGAUGAUCGCUCUGGGGGAGGAGAACGCCAGCCUCAGGGAGGAGUUGCUCUCCUUAAAGCUGAGAUUUGGUUUGGUCGGCUCCUCUGCCUAUGCCCAGGAGGAGCAGACGAUUUCUGGCACUUCUGCGGCGUUUUACCAAGACCUCGCUUCAACCAGUGCCAAGCACGCCUCUCUCUUUGGGGAACCUGAUCCUGCUCGUUCGGGGCGAAGCUGCAUCUCCGUUAUCAAGCACUCUCCGCAGGGCACCCUCUCCGAUUCGUCUGAGAGAACAGCAAUGACCCAGGGCAACAUGCCCAGACCCAGAGAAGUGAUCAAACAAGAGCUGAUUGAGGCUGCGUGCUACCCAAGGGAGUCGAGGGCGGGAAACAGUCCGUGUGAACUCUACCCAAACUGUAUAGCCAACCCUUUCUCAGGCAACUCCUCUGAGCCCUCUCCUCCUUUGCCGGUGACAAGGUCAUCCAGCAAUUCCCCUAGAGCCCUGGACGGGGACGAAGGAGCCACGAGCAAGUCGUCAGACUGGGAAGACGAGCAGCGGGUGCCGAAAGGUCCCAUUCCCUCUCCCAUGGACCCCAAGAGUGUCAUUACUUCCGCUGCCAAGGUCCCGGACGUGAGCUCCUCCGCCCUGCCUCACAAACUCCGGAUCAAAGCCAAGCCUGUCCAGAUCAAAAUGGAGGCCAUCGAUCCCGACUACGAUGCGCAAGGGAAUCCAGCGCCUCGUGUCGACGCGACCGUAAAAGGCUGCUGCCAAGCGGCGCAACGCGUGGAGUCCGAGUUGAUGCACUCCUCCCUAAACCCACUGUCCCUCCAGGUAGCUGAUCUUCAGGACUGGACUCAUCUGCCUGAGCACUGGCAUGCAGGCCGCCUGGGGGUAUCACGGAGUGGCUACAAGAACAGGCUAUGCCCCAGCCCAGCGGGCCACCUGGCAGACAAAUGUGUUGUUGACCUGAAAGAAAGCGCUCUCACUGAGUCGGAGAAUGUGUAUCUGAAACGAGGCAUUUCUGAGCAUUCGGCAGAAGUUGCGUCACUGAAGAGACUUGUUACAAGCCAGCAAGUGUCUGCUGUAGAAUUGGGUCGAAGCACUUCUGAACAUGCCUUGCUGUCAAAAGGCUGUUAUGCAGAAUGAGUUCCCUGUGUUUAUACAAGACCUGGUUUCCACUGCGGCUGUCUUUGUCAUUGCACUGUACGGAUUACGUUUUGUCAAUAUGAUAUUGUUUAAAUUGUGAUUUGAUUACUCUCAUCCACAGUCUAGCAGUCAAAUGUCAGUGAAGUUGAAAUGUUUACAUACUCUCAUUUUUGACAGAAUUCUGCAGAUUUUGUUUAAAAUAAAUGUAUGCCGAUGAACACUUGAAACAAGAUA